UUGUGUGAAGCGCCUUGAGGCAACUCUGUUGUGAUUUGGCACUAUAUAAAUGGAAAUAAAUUGAAAUUGAAUUCCUUAAAAUCCAGACUCUGCUGUUCAAAUAAAGUGGCAAUAUUUGACCUGACAUACUUUGACGUUUGCACAGAGGAGGAGGAGGAGUGGCUCAAGAUCCUACUUAUAGUGGCCUCUCUUCAAACAGAAAAAUCAGUUGCAUCCUGCCGUCACAACAUGUUUUUCCUUACGUUCAUCCUUGUCACCGUGCUGCUCCCAAAAGCCUCCAGCCUGACAUGUUGUAUUGAUGAAGGCUCAAGCUGCACAAGCACACAAUGUUCUGCAUCAGAACUUUGUGGUGCAACAAGAAUAACUUCAUAUGAAGGCGGUACACAAAUGACAGACCUCACAAUAAGAAGUUGUGCUGUGGCCGAGAAUUGUGUUUCAGCAUUGAUCAACUUUGGAGUCACUAAGACUGUCAUCAACACCGUGUGCUGCUCAGCUGACAACUGCAACAACCAAAGUGUUCCUGAGUCACCAAGCAGGACUCCAAAUGGGAAAAAGUGCUUUGGCUGCGAUGGAACUGACUGCACCACAAUUAUGAACUGUGAGGGGACUGAGGACCGCUGGAUUUCAACAACAGCCUCCAGCCUGACGUGCUGCACUGGUCAAGGCUCAAGCUGCACAAGCACACAAUGUUCUGCAUCUGAACUUUGUGGUGCGACACGAAUAACUGCAUAUCUAGGCGGUACACAAAUUACAGACCUCACAAGAAGAAGUUGUGUUGUGGCCGAGAAUUGUGUUUCAGCAUCGAUCAACAAUGGAUUCAGUAAGACUGUCGCCAACACCGUGUGCUGCUCAACUGACAACUGCAACAACCAAAAUGUUCCUGGUAACCUCAUGUGCUUAUGUGCUUCUUUGUACUACACACAGUAUGUGGUAAAACUACAAAACCGUUGUAUGAAAAAAAGGUGAACUGUGGAGUAAUAAGAGUAUGAAACGUAUCAGUGCUACUGUGACUGCUUUCUGCCAGAGGUUGGAUCAUCUCUCUCAUAUAUGCAGCAAGAACAGCUGCCUCAUAUGAUGUAAAAGAUUGAUACCAGUCAUUUCUACAUUUCAAAUCUCUUUCUGUAUUACAGAUCAAAUUUUCUUUUCUUUUUUUUUUAUUUUCAACAUUUAAUCUCAGUUCAAAAUGCAAAUUUCUUUGUUUUGUGCCAUGAUGUGUGUGGAAUAAAAAGAAUAUAGAAAGUUGUUUCAGCUUCUGUAGCUUUUCUGAUUGUUGCUCAGUUGUGCAGAAUAAAAUCUUCAUAUUCAUCA